UCAGGCCCAGGAGCGGAUGGUUCCUACUGCGGCGGGGCUUCGGCUCGGUUCCCGCGUCGGCCCGCUCGCAAGCUGCGCCCAGCCCAGCCCCGGCUCGGCUCCGCUCGGCUCCAGCUUCCGAGCGAAGGCGCCGCUGCCGCCUGGGCUGCUCCCAGGGUCAUGAGGAGGCGGCGGCAGCCACUGCGGCCCGUGUCAAGGUGACUGGCCGGGACUGCGGCGGCGGCGGCGGCGAGAGCGGGCGGUGAGAGAGGGCGGUGAGAGAGGCGCCCGCGGGGCGGGGCCCUGAGGGCCGGGCCGGAGGGAGCUGCAGUGGCUACUGCUUGGAAAGAGACGUGCUGGGAUGGUGUAUCCUAUUGGCCUGGGGAUUAUGAAGCCAGGCUUGUAUUCCUGGACUUUUCCAGACAGGUUAUGUCACCGGCAGAGGCUGCCCUGAAGUUCCCUGCAGCCCAGAGACUAUGUACAAGAGGAAUGGUCUGAUGGCUAGUGUGUUGGUCACCUCUGCCACUCCACAGGGCAGCAGCAGCUCAGACUCUCUGGAGGGCCAGAGCUGCGAUUAUGCCAGCAAGAGCUACGAUGCUGUCAUAUUUGAUGUCUUGAAAGUGACUCCUGAGGAGUUUGCCAGCCAGAUUACACUAAUGGACAUACCUGUGUUUAAAGCCAUCCAGCCGGAGGAACUAGCCAGCUGUGGAUGGAGUAAGAAGGAGAAACAUAGUCUCGCCCCUAAUGUUGUGGCCUUUACCCGGAGAUUCAAUCAGGUCAGUUUUUGGGUUGUACGAGAAAUUCUAACAGCACAGACUUUAAAAAUAAGGGCAGAAAUCCUGAGCCAUUUUGUGAAAAUAGCCAAGAAACUUCUAGAACUCAACAACCUUCAUUCUCUCAUGUCUGUGGUAUCAGCAUUACAGAGUGCACCCAUCUUCAGACUGACAAAAACCUGGGCUCUUUUGAAUCGAAAAGACAAAACCACCUUUGAGAAACUGGACUACCUGAUGUCUAAAGAAGAUAAUUACAAGCGGACUCGGGAAUAUAUCCGAAGCCUGAAGAUGGUUCCCAGUAUUCCCUAUCUAGGAAUCUAUCUUCUGGAUUUAAUCUACAUUGAUUCUGCAUAUCCUGCCUCUGGCAGUAUCAUGGAAAAUGAACAAAGAUCCAAUCAGAUGAACAAUAUUCUCCGAAUAAUUGCUGACUUACAAGUUUCCUGCAGUUACGAUCACCUCAUAACCCUGCCCCACGUGCAGAAGUACCUGAAGUCUGUACGCUACAUUGAAGAGCUCCAGAAGUUUGUGGAAGACGAUAACUACAAACUGUCACUCAGAAUUGAACCAGGAAGCAGCUCUCCAAGACUAGUCUCUUCCAAGGAAGAUCUUGCAGGCCCCUCUGCUGGCUCCAGUUCUGCAAGGUUCAGCCGGAGGCCCACCUGUCCUGAUGCAUCUGUCACUGGCAGCCUCCCAACACCCCCGGUCCCAAGACACAGGAAGAGCCACAGCCUGGGCAACAAUAUGAUGUGUCAGUUGAGUGUAGUUGAGAGUAAAAGUGCGACAUUCCCAUCGGAGAAAGCAAGGCACCUACUGGAUGACAGUGUCCUAGAGUCCCGCAGCCCCCGCAGGGGCCUCACCCUCACCUCCUCCUCUGCCAUCACCAAUGGACUCUCCCUAGGCAGUAGUGAGAGCUCAGAGUUUAGUGAAGAGAUGUCUUCAGGGCUGGAAAGCAGGGGCCGUCUCUAUGCCACACUGGGGCCCAACUGGCGAGUUCCAGUUCGGAAUUCUCCCAGAACCCGGAGCUGCAUCUACAGCCCCACCGGCCCAUGCAUCUGUUCUCUGGGGAACUCAGCAGCAGUACCCACCAUGGAGGGCCCUCUGAGAAGGAAAACCCUGCUCAAAGAAGGACGUAAGCCCGCGCUUUCCUCGUGGACCAGGUACUGGGUCAUACUCUCAGGAUCUACCCUCCUGUAUUAUGGAGCCAAGUCCUUGCGGGGUACAGACAGAAAACAUUAUAAAUCCACACCUGGCAAAAAGGUCUCCAUCGUGGGCUGGAUGGUGCAGCUGCCUGAUGACCCGGAGCAUCCGGAUAUCUUCCAGCUGAAUAACCCUGACAAAGGCAAUGUUUACAAGUUUCAGACUGGUUCCCGAUUUCAUGCAAUACUGUGGCACAAGCAUUUGGAUGAUGCAUGUAAAAGCAACAGGCCUCAGGUAAAGUUACUAAAAUCCUGCUUGCCACCUGAAAUACCCUCUGCCACCGCUGGGACUAAGGACCUUAGACAACAGGACUCCCUGCUUCCCUCAGAGCCAAUCAGCCAUGCUCCCAGGCACCCUCAUUGAUCUGCCUUUUUCCAUGAGAUAAAGCAUCCCUUGCUCAGCUUAGAACUAGGUCCAGUUUCAGACAGGAACUUUGAAUCUGGUUCCUGUGUCUUUCCCACUAAAGGAAAUGACACGGAAAUAUCCAUUGUUUAGGAUGUUUAAGCAGAAGUGAUAUUACCCCAAUGGUCAGGCUACAGCAUCUAUUUAGAUCAUCCUCCCAAAGUUGAUUUCAUGGGAACACUCCACAAUGACUAAAGUGCCUCCCCCUUCUCUGCAGCCCAUAGGAAUAAUAAAUUAGCUAAUUUAUUGAGAGCCAACCAUGUGCCAGGCAACACUGCUGAUGAAUGAGGGGGUUUCAGGCUCCCCAGCAUGUUGGAACCAGUGGGAUUUGUACUGAUGCGAGCCCCCUCUGGGCCACUGGGCUGGAGUCACUGUGUGGCUCCCAGCCCCCACCACACCCACCCUCUCCCUGGUGCCAGGCAUUACGCUAAAUGCCACAUGCAGGAAUUGACCCAACCUUACAAUAUCACAUUAAGGUAGGUUCUUUUAUCAUCUCCAUUUACUGAUGUGGACACUGAGGCUCAGAAAGUGGCAGACACUUGUUUAGGGGCCCACAGUUAGUAAGUGUUGGGGCUAGGAUCUAUCCCAGGUCUGCCUGACUCCUGAUUCCAUACCUGUCACCCCUGAGUUCUCCUGCCUCACAUUUCCCUGGUUGCCCCUAACUUGCUCAGCCUUCUGCAGUUAAGCUGAAGACAGAAACAGCAAUGGCUGCCCAAGCUUGGGAGGAAAAAUGGUUGUGCCCCAGCUCUCCCAGCACCAGAAGGGGGCAAGCUGGGGCUCCCUGCUCCUCAGGAGGGUCAGGUGGGCAGCAUUUGGUCUGCUGGUGCUAGAAUUGGUGCUCCUGUUCCUAAGCAUCCAUGUGUGUGUUCUCCAGUCACAGCCAGUCUGAAGAGAAAGCACCAGGGCACGGGGUAGACAGUGGCAGCUUUGAGGAGGAAAGCAGCUGAGAGCAUAAGAUCAGGCAUCUCAUUGCAUAUCCAAGGUCUGAGGGAAUCACAGCAAAGGCAAGUUCCCAUCAGGCAUUUGGAAGGGUAGGAACGCACAGCUGUGCUGGUCACAGCACAGUCAUGGACUUCUUGGCCCCUCAAAUGGUUCUUGUAAGCUGGAAGGAGGUCUCUAGUGCCAUGUCUCAGGGUGCUAAGCUCUGCUUUGUCCCAUUCAGGAUUUUCAUCUGUAAUGUGGAUGUGGACAUUUAUGACAAGCUGAUCAAAAUUAUUGAUAAGAAGCUAGAAAGCAGAACUAAUAGAUUGGAUGACAAAAUCAGGAUCCAGAAAGUCCUCUACAAGCCAGAACAAUAGAACAAGACCAAUACAGGGAUAUACUUGAGGUACCACAGGGAGGUUCAAAAUAAAUUGCAGUUGAAUCCUAUGACUCAACUAUUCUACCACAAGGAAUGUUUUAGGGAUAUGCUCAUACACGUACACAAAAGUAUGUUUAAAAACGCAUUGUAGCAUUUUCCUUGAUAGAAAAAAAGCCCCAAAACAACCUCACUGACCCUCAGUAGAUCCCUACAGUGCAAAAGCUGAUAGCUAUUAAAAACAAUGAUGCAGAUCUGUGUGUGAUGGCCUGAAAGGAUCUCCAGAUAUAAAUAAAAAAGCAGAGGAUAAAAAUAUGUAAAGGAUGAUCUUAUUUGUAUUAAAAUACAUAUGCAUAUUUAUUAUGUAUAUGUUUGUAUAUGCAUAUAUAGUUUCCAGAAUGAUAUACAAGAAGCUAUAAUUUUGUAAAGUCCUAGAGCACACUACAUGUAUUUUUUACAUUAAAAAACGUAAUUGCCCACCUACAUGAUGGGAAGAGUAAGGGUUUUGGUUGACAGUCACCUCAAGCUGAUCUAAAGUGUUGAGGCUUCAACAAGGGUGAUUAAUAGAGGAAGAGCAUCCUGAUCAGAGGGGCAAUGGUCCUCCUCAUCUCCUCUGCACUGGUCACACCAUGUCUGGGGCCCCUCUUUGGCUCUGGGUGCCACUCUAAGAGCACAGGAGGCUGGAGGAUCUCCAGGCAGUGGGCCACCAGGAUAGUGGGACUGGGAAUGGCUGUGGGAGAUUGCUUGGGGUGGUCCCGACCAGGGGAGAGAGGCAGGACCCUGGUCUCUGCCCUGUGGCACCUGUGAGCUAUUUUUUGUCCAAUUUUAAGACCAGGAGAGGGUAUAUUUUAUUUCUUCUACCUUUUUUCUUUUUGUUUCUAAUUUACUUUCAACCAAACAUUCUGACUUUCUGCUGUAUGCAAUAAUAAAAAGUUGGCAACAACCUAAAUAUUCAGUAAUUUAAAUACAUCACAGCACAUCCAUGUGAUGGAAUACAAGGCGGGUGUAAUAAAGGGUGUUAGAGAAAUGCAUCUAUUCAUGUGAAAAAUCUCAGUGACUAAGAAGAUUCGUUUUCUUUCUCAUAGAGUUGCAUUUUUUAAAAUUGUGGGGUUUUUUUUUAACACUGAAUACGCUUAAACAUUAUUUAUAACAUAUGUGUGAGGUAUAAAGGACAGCAAUAAAAAAACACCUAUGUACUCACCACUAAGCCUCAAGAGCACACCCGCCCAGAGACCCCUCACAUUACCCCCCUCCCCUGUGUGGCCCUCCCUGAUCCUGUCUUCCUCCCUCCCACCUCCACCCCAUAACCACUCUCCUGAUUUGUGUGUUUAACAUUCCUUAAUUUUAGCACAUCUAUUUGAUUCCUUGAAAAAUGAAUUGUCUGGGGUGCACUGUUUUAAACUCUUCUAUAAAUAGAACCAUAAGUGCAUAUUUUCUGUGACUUGCUUUUCUCCUGCAACAUGUCCCUCAGACUCAUCUGUGUCAGUAAGUGUAGCUGUCAUUCAUUUAUUUGUACUGAUUUUUUUUUAUCAAUUCUGUCAGUGAUCUCAAGAAUGGUUCAAGCUUUGUGCUAUUUUGAACAGUUCUGCUGUGACCAUUCUUAUAACUGUCUCUUGGUCCAAGGAGAUGUAUUUUUUUCAUUUCAUCAUUUUGACCAAAUUGACACCAAGAUGGAUUUGUUUUUUAUGAAAUUGCUCUUAAUCAAAUCUCCCAGAACCCCAUAGCAAGGAGAUCCAGGGUGGGGGUGUUGGUAUCAUUGAGGGGAGUAAGAAGCAGGCUGAUCUUGGGGCUCGUGGUCCCCUCAGGGGAGGAGUUUGAGAGCCUGUAUAGGAAGCAGCCCUUGGGUGCACAGACAUGGGAUGGUCUUAGGGUUCCAGAUACCCCCAAACCCUCCUUGUGCUUCCACUUCUUUCCACUUGCUUCCACUUGCCAAUUCCUGCCAUCCCCUAACCACCACACUGGUUUCCCCUUCAGAGGUUUGUCUCCUCCUUACACGGAACACAGCUUUAUUUUGAUUGGAGGGUAGUGUUUGAGAAUGUGAGCUCUAGUGUCUGAGCUCUGCCACUUACUUGCUGUAUUCUUAACCUCUUUGAGCCUCAGUUUCCUCAGCUUUGUAAUGGUGAUAAUUCCAGGACCUGGCUCAUGGGGUUGUUGUAAGGACUCAAGGACAAAAUGCAUAUGAAGUACUCAGAACUGUGCCUGGAACACAGCAAUCACUUAACAAAUGAUAUUAUCAUCAUGCCUUCUCUCCACCUGAUCUGCUCAUUCAUAGACUAACUGGGAAAGACCUGGCCUGUUCCUUUACAGAACACCCCUUAUCCCCUUCUGAAAGGUUGGAACUUUUACCAGAGUCUGAGCUUUCUCUUCUAGGUACCUGCAAACCUUAUGUCAUUUGAAUAAGUCUCUGCAGGACUUGGUGUGACUUCAAAGGCUUCUAGUACCCCAGCCUGGGACUGGUGGAAAAGAGCAUGUCCUGGGCACAGGCUGUUGGCCAAGGUGCUUGGAGAUUCACAGCCGGACUCACGGGGACGUGGCCUGCAGCCUCACGGUCCCAGAGGACUCUACCGGUGUGGGAUCCACCUGCCAAUCCCCAGCGACUCUCAUGACUCACGCUGCAGCACACCUCGUAGGGCAGUGGUUGGACACCAGACUGUAUAUCCCACCCUCCCUGUCUGGGCUCUUGUCCACGAGCUGCUUCUGCAACUAGUGAGCAUUUGGCCCAUGUUGGGUUCUCAGUGUUUUCUACUGCACAAAAGAGUGGACAGUGUUAACCUGCGUGAGCAGCCAGAGAGGAGGCUGGGAGCUGUGGAACAGGCUUUUUACACCCCAAGUACAUGGGGUUGCUCGCCCAUAGGGCUGCCUCAGAUUUUGUACAACCCCUGAAGCAUCCUCUAUGUGUGCGUGCUGUAUAUGUGUGCGUGUGAGAAUGUGAACUCUUCAAGAAACAUGCAUUUUGGCACAAGACUUGUGACAUCACACACUUCAUUUGCUUUGAGGCCCUGCUUUAACCUUAAGUUUUAGUCUUGUCCACGAAGGAAUGUCAGAGCGAGAGCCCAGAGAUUCCUUCUGUGUUAAGGGUCCCUUAUGUUCAUUUACUGUAAACAAACAAUGCCUUAAAUUGUGUCUUGUUUUCUGUUCCUAUGGGUGCUAAUUCAUCUGGAAGGUCUGCUCCCUGGGCCCCUGGGCCCCUUCUAGGCCUUGUUGCUGUCAGCCCUUCUGAGACAGUACCUGGCUUCAGGACUGUGGACUGGGCCACUGGUCUGCUUGCUUCCUGCCAUCUCUUCUCCCUGGCAGGGUCUGAAGACCCUUCUCUUCUCAUCCACUCCCACUAUGCCAAAAUGGCUUCCUCAGAAGCAGUUGGAAGGCUGCCAUGCUCAUCGCGAAUGACUGCACAGAAGCUACUUUGUACCAACCUCUCCCUGCAGGGCAGGGCUUUUGCUUUCAUCAGGUCUCCCCUUUGCCUCCACUGCCAGGGCAAAGCAAACUGGGAGCCCCGAUCAUGCUGGGAAGCUGAGUGACUCUGAGGCCUUAAGCUACUCCAGUCUUGCCCCCAGUGUCCCGAAUGCAGUCACCAGCAAGUUCUCCAUCAUCCAAGUCCAAGGGCACAGUUGUUAAUGACUAUGGUGACAAGACAGCAAAACCCUGGGGAGUAAACUGUCCAAGCUCUACAUUCAGUUAAGAGACCUGCACAUGAACAAUGUCCUUUGUCUGUCACCUUUUUCAUAUGUUAAAGUGAGUUUUAUUUUGCACAAAUACAUUUUCAUUUAAAAUGAUGAAUUACUCUUUAUCACCAUAGCUACUUUUAAAAAAAAAAAUUGGGGUGUCUUAAUUCUGAAAAGGAAUCCCUUAAACAGUUUUCUGAAAGAGACUGAAUUUCUGGAGUCCUUGUAACUGUCAUGGUUUCAGAGCUCAUGCUGAUUGGGCAUCAAACUACCUUAAGAUUUUCUGGGCAAGAUGCUUCAAAACAACAUCUAAGCCAGUAAACUGGUAAGAGGUCAAUUUUAAAACAACCAAAGCAUCUACCACUGUAUUUUGAUUAAAUGGUCACAACUUUUUAUGACAAUUUGAAUGAAUUGGUGAAGAAAAUAGUUUCCACCAAACCUUAUUUUGUGGUUGCUCAAUAACCAACUAACACCUUGAUUUUCAGCAAAGACUAGAAUACUUUCUUACUAGGAGUAACUCCAGAUGGUAAAGUUGACACCUUCAAACUUUGGCCAUGGGUGCUUUGCACACCUACCCAUAUCUGUGCUGCAGAUAUGUGCACCUAAUUCAUAGUAACCACUUACACAAAUUAGCAUCUAGAGGCUGAAUGAAAACACCAAACUCUCCAAACACUUCUGACCAGAUCCAUGCAGCAUUAACACUUGAGUCUACAUUGAAUCUAAUUCCAUCGAUUAACUUUAAUAUCAUAACUUUGGAUGAAAGUACAAGACUAGAACAUCAGCUACGUAUUUUUCUUGGAUUUCUCCACCUUCGAACUGUCCUGGUUUCUCUCACAUGAAAUAUUAUAGAUGCCAAUCCCAAAAACUCAGAAUCAUAUAAUGUUCUCCCCUUUAAAACAUUUUUCUUUCUUUCUCAAAUUCUUUUCAUAGUGUUUAGUCUUCUCUCUAACUCAGACUGAUCCCUCAUCCUUUUCCAGAAACAUUCUUAGCUUGGAAUCCUAAAAAAUUUGUUUAGACCUUUUGAAAAAGGCCUUUUAGAACCUCUAAGAACCUUGGACACAUCAGAAGGGUACUGGAGAUGAAGCUGAAAUGUAUUUAGUUCUCCAAGGAGGGGCUCAGGCCCAAGCACGUGAGUUAAAUGUUAAAUAUUUGUCUUCCCAGUGUUGGUUUGUUCCUCAAGCAGCAGGUGAGGAGGCUUGCAAGCCUGGGAUGGAGAGGACCGGGCACAAGCCACAAAGAGUAAAAGUUCAUGGGUGGAUUCUCACUCUGGAGGGACACAUUUCUGGUUUUUGAUCCUUGACUAUCCAUAUUACACAAAUGUUUGUGAAACCAUGGAAGAUGAAAUGUCUUGCUUGCAUAUGCUGUAUCUGUUUUUUUGUUCGUUUGUUUGUUUUUUAAGCAUCAGAUCAUGGCUCCCCAAAAUGAAAAUUGUGAAAUGCUAUAUUAUGAUGUCCUGAGAAUAGCUCACUCACCUCUCCCCUGAGAAUUAACUCUUUUGCCCCCUCGGUUGAACACAUUUUGUAACUCAAGGUCAGCCAAGUGCAUUAUGGCAACUGAAAUACUGCAUAGAGGGUUGAUUUGGUGGAAAGAAGUAGAAAUAUUGUUCUGAGUGUCUCCAGUAAGAAAGUACAGCCUCCAUUCUCUUCCCUGACUGGAAGCCCCUUCAUCAACCUGUAGAAACGGAGGAGGAAGACAUUUGAAGGGUUUCUGUUUAGGAGAGAACCCAUUCUCUUGCCAACUGAAUUUAUGAAGCAUUUUUUUCUUACCAAGAUGGCCAAUAUUUGUUUCAUUAUCUCCUCCCACCUCCCAAGCCCAAGAGAUGUUUCUUUAGAAUGCCAUUUUUGGGGUGGAAAAUGGUCCAUGAAAAUGGGAAGCCAUUUGCAAGCAGAGUCUGUUUUCAUUCCACAGGUAGAGUGCAGAGCUCUGCACCCACAUUGUUAAUGCUUCUAACAUUGCCAAAAACUCAGCCUAGCUUUUUUUGUGACUUCAUAAAUGAUUUUAAUCAGCCCCACAUCAUGUCGACAUGUUGGGUUAUUUCAUGUUAAAAAAAAAAAAUAGUGUGAGAUUUCCUUUGAAAUAACAAAUGCUCUGCCCCAAACCAUCCAUGCAUUCAUUCACAUCUCCAGUGAGUGCUUCCUAUGUGCCAAACUACCAGGUAUAUAAACGGCUGAGAACUGACCUGAUCCCUGCCUUCAUGGAGCUGACCAUCCAAAGAACAAUCCCCACCCCACGCAUCUCCUCUGGCAAGACCUGCCUCUCUUAGCAAUGGGGUACAAAUCCUGUGCACAGAUUCCUCCAGAAAGGCUUCAAAUGGCUCAACAGACUGAUCAGCCUCUUAUCUGCGGGUUCACCUGCAAUGAGGACUAGAUGAAGUUGCUGUCCCAGAAGCUGGGUUGGCCCAGAACAGUCAGGCACGGAACGAUGGCUGGGUACACUGAGGACUCCAAGAUGGAAUGAGAGCAGGAGCAGAAUGUUCUCAGUAUUUACUUCAUAGUUGUUCGGGUUUUUCUUUUUUUAGUUUAUUUCAAUGUGAAAUCAAAGUCUAGCAUGCACUAGUAUGAGAGCUAUAUUUUCUUGGGUGUUGAGAUGUUGUACCAUGGACUUUAGACCACAUCACAGCCCUGUACUGCUCAGGCGUGUGUACACCAUGGGCAGCCCCCAAAUCCCUGCUCACAACCACAAAGCAAUGGAUCAUCUGUCUGUUUUAUAGCCCUUAAUCUCUUUAUCCAUUUCUGAACGACUGUGAUCAUUCAGUAAUGAAACAAUAGUUAUUAAUUUAUUAGUAUGGUAUAAUCUUUAAUAAAUUUCGUGCCAAAAUGCAUGAUUUUCCACUUAGCAUUCAAAAUGUGUAGAGAAUAGUUUUCAAUUUCUUAUGUAUUCUUCGAAGUAAGUUGAAAAUCAGUUUCUACAUUUUAAUUUAUUUCUUGUUAAACCUGUUGCACUCUCCUGGGCUGUCUUUGUUUUUGUUUUUGUUUUCCAGCAGAUCCCUGCAUGCAGUUGUGUAAAGACUUUCUCUAAUUCUCGUGAAUUGUCUCAUCCGCAAUAACCACUGAACAUCAGCCCUUUGUGGGAUUCUUCAGAUUUUUGGUGAAGUAUUUUGUUACCUCAGUCUUGUAUCCAGUUGCUGUAUUUUUCAGCUUGUUACACUGAUAAUAAUUGUUUCACUAAUUAAAUAAUGUACAAACAUCUUUGUUUACUUUAAAAUUAAAUGUGUUUUCCAAUGAA